AUGCUUCAAGUCCACAUAAAUAAUCUCAAGUUCAAGUCGAACAAAAUAAAGAAAAACAACAUCUUAUAUCUCUCAACUUUGGUGCUAGUUUUUUUGGUUUACUCUUUGCUCAACUUGAAUAUCCUCCAUUUGAAUCUAGCUUACAGUUAUAACUCUUCAUUGAACAGCUUAAUUGAAAAAAAUGAUCAAAACGAGUUUUUCAACCAAAUUUUCAAACUAUUUGCAUUAUCAAAGCCUGAUUGUUUGAAGUUGUCUAAAUAUAAAAAAUCUCCAAAGGAAAUUGAUCGAUUAAGCUAUGAAAAAACAGAAGGUCCAAUAUUAUCUGAGUAUUACCUAUCAAAAUUCUUACAACUAUCCAAAAAACAAUACAAUGAUUUGUUGCAAUCUCAUAACAACUUGGUAAACAACUUGCCUCAUAAAAAUUUACUCAAAAACAAAAAUUUUUAUAAGGGUAAUGGAAUUGUAUUUGUCGGUGGCGAUGACUUUAACUGGCUAAAUUUAUUAUCCAUCAAGUUUUUGAGAAACAUGGGCUCAAACUUGCCAAUUGAAAUUUUUAUUCCUAAUUUAACUUACUCUCCAAAUGAUCUCUUCUUUUGUGAAAACAUUUUACCACAAUAUAACGCCGAGUGUAUCUUAUUGUCUUCUUAUCUAAAUGAAAAAACUCUAAGCACUUUCUCCUUCAAGGGUUAUCAAUAUAAAUCCUUAGCAUUAUUAUUUUCAUCUUUUGAAAAUGUUUUGCUAUUAGAUUCUGAUAAUUUGCCUGUUAAAAACCCGGACUAUAUAUUUAAAAAUUCAAUCUUUAAAGAAAAGGGAUUAUUCAUUUGGCCAGAUUAUUGGAAAAGAACCACAAGCCCUUUUUUUUAUAAAAUUGCCAAUUUAAAAAUAUUAAAUAAAAGAGUUCGAUUUGGUUACAAUAAUAUAGAAAAAAUCAAAAAAAAUUUCGAUCAAGAUUUAAACUCAAAUAUAAUCAAUAGCAACACUGUCCCAUUUCAUGAUAGAGAAGGCUCAAUCCCAAAUCCAACCUCUGAGUCUGGUCAAAUCUUAAUCAAUAAAUCAUCUCAUUUUAAUACAAUCUUAUUGUCUUUAUAUUAUAAUAUUUUUGGUCCAGAAUAUUACUAUCCUUUAUUAUCUCAAGGUACAAGUGGUCAAGGAGACAAGGAAACAUUUUUAUGUGCCAACAUUGUUUUGGGUAAUAGUUAUUUUCAAAUUAAAGAAAAAGCUGGCGCUAUUGGUCAAUGGAUUAAAGAUUCUGGUGAAGAAAAAUUGAAUUUUUUUGGUCAUGGAAUAGCUCAAAAUGAUCCAAUCGAAGAGUACUUGUAUGAACAUGGUGAUAGAAUAGAUAAAGCUAAUGUAAUGUUUAUUCAUGCCAAUUACCCUAAAAUGAAUCCCUUUAAAUUAGUUAAAGAAAAAUUAUUAAAAUAUCAUGAUGGUAAAAACUAUCAACGAUUUUAUGGCCAUAUUCAGAUAUCAAAUAAUUCAAUUGAUUUUGAACUUCAACUCUGGUCUGUAAUAAAAUCUUUAUUAAAUGAUUAUAAAUAUGAUUUGCAUAAAUUAUUUGAAGAUUUUGAUGGAAAAAAUAUAAAACUUAGAGAUGAAGUAUUAAAACAGGUUGAUGAAUUUUAUAAUUACCUAGAAAAGACUUCAAAACUAAAAAAUAUAUUAUAA